UCUCUCUCUCUCUGUCACACACACACACACACUAUAAACCCACCAAAUAUCUCCACUCUUUAUCUCUCUUAUUCAUAACCUGCAAUUUGCUACCAUCAAAAAAUAUUCCAUCUUUCUCUUUAAAAAACCUUUGAAGACAUAAGAUUUCAUUCACUUUCUUCUAUUUUUCAAGAAAGACGUCAUUUUGAACCAAAGGAACCAAACAAAAAAAGAUGCAGGACCUGACGUCAGCUGCAGCGUAUUACCACCACCAAUCGAUGCUAAUGAUGGCGGCUAAGCAGCAGCAGCAGCCGGAGUUACCGGAGCAACAGCAGCUAAAGUGCCCUCGCUGCGACUCACCCAACACCAAAUUCUGUUACUACAACAACUACAACCUGUCUCAGCCACGUCAUUAUUGCAAAAACUGUCGUCGUUACUGGACCAAAGGCGGUUCCCUCCGCAACAUCCCCGUCGGCGGCGGAUCUCGUAAGAACACUAAACGGUCCACUUCUUCUUCUUCUCCGUCGAGCAGCAAUCUGAAGGACAAAACCGUCGCUGUUCCCGACCAGAAACCUAACUCUGAGGAGGAGUCCCAAACGAAACUAGUGGAAGAAGAGAAGAGAAUGACGGGUCAAGAAAUGGAUCCGACCCGGAUGUUAUACGGGUUACCGGUUGGAGAUCCGAGAUUCACUUCGCUGUUGGGUGCGGAUGUCGGGAUUAGUUAUGAAACCGGGUCGAAUUGGUAUCCGGGUAUACAUUUGGGUUUGGGUCCGGGUAUCCCGAGGGAUGAUUGAUGACGUGCGUGAAGAGUAAUAGUGGAGAAGAACUGAAUGAAAGAACGUCAAGGGUAAUGUAGUAAAUUCCAUAUGGAUAUCUGUUUCUUUUUUUUUUUUUUUGAUCAAAAGAUAUCUGUUCAUCAAUAUAUAACACAACAAAGGAUGUCGGUUCAUUCAGUGAUAUAUCUUUUAUCACUUUUUAGUCAGUA